GUAUAGGGUUUUGAGACUUUCAUAAUUUUCUGCCAAUGUUUCUCAUUGCAGAGUUUGUGCGACAGCACUGGCAAGAGGAUGAAUUCUUUGGCUAUCAGUUUCUCAAUAGCCUUAACCCAAUGACGAUUGAACAAUGUUCAGAACUUCCAAAGAACUUUCCGGUCACUGAUGAUAUGGUCAGAUCCUACCUACCAGGUGGUAGCUCUCUGAAGAAAGAGAUGGAGAAUGGUAACAUUUUCCUGUGUGACUACAAGGACUUGAACUCUGUGGUAGGAAAGGGAAAUGUCAUCCAUGACCGUCAGCAGUAUCUGGCUGCUCCUCUCUGUCUGCUCUACAAGACCUCGGAUGAAAAGCUCCUCCCCGUCGCCAUACAGCUGAAACAGGAGCCAGGGGAAGAAAACCCCAUAUUCCUCCCCUUGGAUAACCAAGACUGGCUCUUGGCCAAACUUUUUGUGAGAAAUGCUGAAUUCAAUGUGCAUGAGCUAAACUACCAUUUGCUUCGUACUCACUUGCUGGCUGAAGUCUUUUUCAUGGCAACUGUGAGGCAACUUCCCUCAGCACACCCACUAUUCAAGCUCCUGGUCCUCCAUUUCCGCUACACUUUACAAAUCAAUAUCUUGGCCCGAGACCAGCUCAUGUCUGAGGAAACCUUUUUCUCUGAGCACACAGGGAUUGGGUUAGUUGGUUCGACGGUGUUUUUGAGGAAAGCUUUAGCAACCCUGACAUACCGCUCCUUAUGUUUACCAGAGAACAUCAAAGCACGUGGUCUAGAGGAGAUGCCAAACUACUACUACAGAGAUGAUGGCCUCAAACUGUGGAACAUCAUCCAUGAGUAUGUUGAAGGAGUGUUGGGGUACUACUACACCUCUGAUGAUUACAUCCAGAGAGACACUGAGCUACAGCUCUGGAUCAAAGACAUUUUUGAAAAGGCUUUUCUUGAAAGACAAAGCUCAGGGAUACCACAGAGUUUCACUUCUUUGGAAGAGCUCAUCAAGUUUGCCACCAUGAUCAUUUUCACUGCAUCUGUCCAGCAUGCUGCCGUCAACAAUGGACAGUUUGACUUUGGUGGUUGGAUGCCCAACUAUCCCAGUUCCUUAAGACGUCCUCCUCCCUCCAGUAAGGGUCAAGCCAAAGAAGGUGAUGUCUUGGAGACACUGCCAGACAUUGGCACCACAGUGCACACAAUGACUGCUCUGUACCUGCUUAGCCAGAAGUCCUCCGACCAUUACAGCCUUGGUAAUUGUCCUGAGCAGCUAUUCACGGAGCGGAGGCCACUGGAAUUGACUGAUGAUUUCAGAAGAAAGCUUGAGGUCCUCAGCUACGACAUCAAAGCCAGGAAUGUUGGUCUUCCUUUGCCAUACACCUAUCUAGACCCAGAGAACAUCGAAAACAGUGUUGCCAUUUAA